CACAUCACAUACACUGACACUUGUUGUUUCUGUGUUCUCUGGUUUCCCCCUCUCUCUUUAUCUUCUUGUUAAUGGUGGAAGCUGUUCGGUUUGGAUGCCACCGUAGUUCUUGCAUGAAUGCCCUUCCAGAAUCCUUCUUUGUUUCGAUUUUUAAAUUGUUUUUGUUGUUUUCCACGCGUGUUUCUGUGAAUUUUUGUGUGAAACGAGCCCGUGGUGCAGUUCCUGUUAAUUAUGUGACAAUGGGUGUUGUUCUUUUAGGGUUUCUGAUUGGUGGGGUUUGGGGUUUGUUCAUGUGGAUGUUGUGGGGGUUUUUGAUUCGGAAAUUUGUGAAGCUCAACUUUUUCUUGGGUUGUUUCUGGGGAAUUGUUUAUGAUGGGACGAUCCGGAGAUCCCUUUCAUCCGUGGUAAUUGGAUGAAUUUCGGGAUAUUUUUGGUGGGAUUGAAAACAGCAAAGUUUGAACCUAUAUUUUGUGUCCAUGGUGAUCUGUAAUUAUUCAUUUCGAGUGGGAAUUACUAAGUUACGAGAAAUAUUUGGGAUUACAUUGUAACAACAUGGUAAUACUAUUAACUAGAAUAGUGUGGCUAGGACAACUUUAUCAUUUUAAUUCUAUUAUGUUACAUUGCUGCAGAGUGAACAUUAUACUAGUAAAAGGAGAAUCUUCGUCAAUUCUUGAAGAAUUGUUUUUUGUUUUUUGUUUUCUUUCUGAACUGAUAAUUCAUGAAAAUUUGUUCUCAUUUACAAAUUAAGGCUUCUGAUAAGAAUCAAUAGUUGCUAAACUUGCAGAAAAAUUGUUUUCUUUUACUUUUAAGAAUAGGCCUUGAGAGUUUCUAAUUAAUCUGUGGGUAACCAAUAUAAGUAGUUAAUGUUACAUUUGAUUUGUUGUCACAUGGAAUUCUGGCAGUGGAAGAGAAAGGAUACCAUGAUUAUGUAAACGUAACAUCUGUGUCUAUUGGAUUCUCCUGUAAGUCUUUUGAGGUCUAAAUGAAGUUGUAGUUGUGAGGCUGAAAUGAAAUUCUCUUGGAUCAACUGUAAGAUCUGUGUUUGAAAGUCAUAUUCUGGCGCUUGCCUCAGACUGUAAACUAUCACACCUUUGUGAAAUUCUGAUUUUGUUCCUCCUCAACCAGAAGGCAGAAGAUAAUUUCGAGAUUCCAUUCUUUUUAUGCCUUAUAUUUAUAGAAAAAUUGAUCCAAUUAGCAAAUCAUGACAUCCAGAUCUGAAUGCAUCCUUUCUUUCAAAUGAAGCUAGAAGAAAGUUAUUAUUGCACUAAUUAUUAAAGCCAAUGUUUUAAGGUUCUGCACAUAGUAUCUUACAUUAUUGCAGAUUUAUUUAGUUUUAUGCAGAAAUUUGUUAAUGCCCUUUUUCAUCAUUUGCCUAUGAUGUUGCAUAGGCUGAAAAUAUCUUACCGGAUCAAGUAAAUUAGAGUUUUUCCUAGUUGUGCUUGGGUCUCCACUGGGGAGCUUACCAAGAAAAGACAAGUGAUUGUGAGAUUAGAUGAAGCGAAAGCGUGGAAACAAGAAAGGAAGAGCCAAGAAACCAAAGUUGGUUAGCACAAAUGAGGUGGCAUCAAAUGUUGUUAGUUUAAAUACAGAAGAAAACUCUGGUGUGGAUGAGUUUGACAAUGAAGAAAUUGACUCUGGAAUGGAUGCGGAGACUGAGGCAACGCCAUCCCCAUCUGGAACUAGUCAACCAGAAGUACUUGCUAAUGUUAAUUCUGUAGGACGACCAAUUAAUAGCACUUUUGGUAGAGCAGUAUAUACACGGGUAAAAGUGAAAAUCAAGACCUCAAAAAAUUUGGAAUCUCAACACACUUCUUCAGAUGCUCCAACUCAAAGUGAUACUGAUAAGAGCAGCCAGCAAGUGGGUUCUGAAAAGCAGGGAGGUCCUAGCGAGAAAAUGGAGGAUAGUGCCAACUCUUUAUCUGAGACUAAUGGAGGAGUUUCUGGGAAUACAUUGAAAAAGUCUAUGGGUAUAAAGAUUAAACCAUCUAGGGGAUUAGGUUCUUCAAGUAUGAGCCCAUGUAGCAAUACUGAGCCGGUCAAGACAGAUACGACAGAGAAGAAAGAUGCUGAAUCGCAUCAUCAGGAGUCAAGAUACAACGAACAAGAACUGAAAGCUUCAUUAGAGGUAAUAAGAAAGGUUAUGAAGAUGGAUGCAGCGGAGCCCUUCAAUGUCCCCGUCAAUCCCGUUGCUCUUGGAAUACCGGACUACUUUGAUGUCAUCGAUACACCUAUGGAUUUCGGUACAAUAUGCAGUAACCUUGAAAAAGGUGUGAAGUACAAGAACUCAGAGGACGUUUUCAAAGAUGUGCAGUAUAUAUGGGAUAACUGUUACAGGUACAAUAAUAAAGGUGAUUAUAUUGUGGAGCUUAUGAAGCGGGUGAAGAAAAACUUCACCAAGUAUUGGACAACAGCUGGUUUAUUCAAUGAUCAACCCCAGGAAACUAGUGGUCUGGAAGGCAAUCCAGUAGCAGAGCUUACCCCUUCGAGUGAAGGGAACACACCAGUGAAUGGUGGUGCUUUGAUGCUUUCAGGCAAAAAGUUCCACGGACUUAAGAAGCACAAGGAAGGUUGCCAAUGUGCUAUAUGUGUAAUGAUGCGGCGCAGGCAAGAGCGAGAAGAGAUUGCUCGUAUGCUGGGAGGACAAACUGAAGGUAGUGAAGACUCGCAGGGUGAAGAUAUUAAGCCAGAGGGGAUUGCGCACGGCGAAAGUCCCUUUGGUGAGUAUGCUUCCUCAAAUAUAGAGAACUCCCCAGAAGCAGAUACUGAUAUUGAACGGAAAGGCCAAGAGAUGAAAUUGGGACAUAUCAGAAAUUUCUAUGCUCAGCAGAAUGGGGAUGAUGUUAAACUUGCAGGAACACAUGAGGGUUCUCAGGAUUUUCAGUUAAGUCAUAGAUCUGGAGAUGAGAAUGGUCUACAUUAUCAGACACCACGUAUUGGCUCAGGUGGCAGCAUAUCAAAUGAGACUCAGAAAGAAUUGUCUAAGCAGAACGAGGAUGGAAGUGCUGCAGGUGACCAACAGAGGUCGAAGGAGUUAUUGGACAAGAAUCAGAGAGCUAAAAUGUUGGAGAAUCUCCAUUAUCUGGAGAAUCCAAUGCUUUUGGAGUUAUACGGGACCCUCUUUACCGACAAUUCCAGCUCUUUCUGGAAUGGACCUCAUUCUUUGGUUGAUCACAACAGGGUUUCCAAACGGAGGAGUUCCCUUCAUUCCGCUAUUUCUUCAUUUAUGAAGUAGUUGCUCUGCUUUUGCUUUCCCCAUACAGGAGAAUCAGGCACUGCAUUCGUGCUGUUGCUUGAGCGAUGGUAGGUUUACAAAAAUGUAGAUUCAGACAUAUGAGCACUAACUUGAACUUUACUUUUCUGUUGAUGAUAUUGAGAGUGUAGGCUUACAUCUCAUGAGAUCUGCAUUCAAGAGCUUGUAAGAUUUAGAGUAUAUUACUAGCAUGAUGACUUUGUAAUGGACUCCAAAUGUUUUAGAUGUGGUGCAUGGUAUUAUUUCACAGAAUUUGAUC